UAGUUGGGCAAGCCGACAUCAUACAAAAACCCCAGGAAGCAGUCCAGUGGCCAUCAUCACAUCCAGAGGCUUUCCACCAACUGGGAGUCCGACCACCAACUUGAAAGGGCCUACUGUUGUACGGACAUCCAGGGUGCAGCAAACCCAUUCUAGCUCGAGCUUGUGCAAUGGAAAGCGGUGUUAACUUUGUUGCUGUGGAAGGUCACGAGCUUCUAAACAAAUAUGUUGGAGAGUCGGAAAGAGCCGUGCGAGAUGUAUUCAGUAAAGCUAGAGCUGCGUCACCGUCAAUAAUCUUUUUCGAUGAAAUUGAUGCCCUUGGAACAUCGCGCUUCUCAGAUUCAGAUACUGGAAGUGCACAUGAAGGGGUUCUCACCAGCCUCUUGAACGAAAUGGACGGUGUUCAGGAGCUUGUGGGGGUGACUAUUAUUGCAGCCACGAAUCGCCCCGACGUCAUUGACUCAGCUCUGAUGCGUCCCGGAAAGCUGGAUUGCAUUAUGUAUGUUGGACCUCCCGAUCACGCCGGACGUGAAGAGAUCUUGAAGAUCAGGAUUAGGACGAUGAGCGUCGAAUCUGACUUAGAUCUUCAUGCAAUAGCAGCCAUGACAGACGGCUGCAGCAGCGCGGAAAUCAGCUCCCUGUGCCAGGAGGCUGCUCUACUGACUAUGCAGAAAGAUAUCAACGCCCCAUUUAUCCCGCAAAAUGCCUUUGUCGCAGUCGCAGGUGCCAUCCAAAGGCAAAUCACGCCAGAUGUGAUCAAAAGAUAUCAUCAAUGGAGAGGUCAAACUGGAUCAAGCAGUGUCUGUACCGCACGUUUGUAGGACCCAACCUCACUUCUCAAUUACGAUAUAUACUUUAUCGGUGAUCAGCUACUCAGAUGGCCCAAUGCCUGAGAACCUCCUGCCG